GCUGGUCUUCCCGCCGCCACCGCCGCCGCCACAGGGACUGGCCGCUCGGGGUCCUGGCCGAGACCACCGCCCCCCGCGCUCCUGCCCGCAACCAUGGCCUCCUCCGAGGUGGGGCGGCAGGUGCUCUUUCAGUCUUGUAUGGGAAUGAAAACAACUGGUAUGUCCUCACAAGCGCUUGAUGAUGAACAGAAAAAAAAAGAAAAUAUUCGUUCCUUGACUAUGUCUGGCCAUGUUGGCUUUGAGAGUUUGCCUGAUCAGCUGGUCAAUAGAUCCAUUCAACAAGGUUUCUGUUUCAAUAUUCUGUGCGUGGGGGAAACUGGAAUUGGAAAAUCAACACUGGUUGACACAUUGUUUAAUACUAAUUUUGAAGACCAGGAAUCCUCACAUUUUUACCCACAAGUGAGACUUAAAGCUCAGACAUACGAACUCCAGGAAAGUAAUGUUCGAUUGAAAUUGACCAUUGUGAAUACAGUGGGAUUUGGUGAUCAAAUAAAUAAAGAAGAGAGCUACCAACCAAUAGUUGACUACAUAGAUGCCCAGUUUGAGGCCUAUCUGCAGGAAGAACUGAAGAUCAAGCGCUCUCUCUAUAGCUACCAUGACUCUCGAAUCCACGUGUGCCUCUACUUCAUCUCACCAACUGGCCACUCUCUGAAGACACUUGAUCUCUUAACCAUGAAGAACCUUGACAGCAAGGUAAACAUUAUACCAGUGAUUGCCAAAGCAGACGCAGUUUCUAAAACUGAAUUACAGAAGUUUAAGAUCAAGAUCAUGAGUGAACUGGUCAGCAAUGGGGUCCAGAUCUACCAGUUCCCCACAGAUGAUGACACUGUUGCUAGGAUCAAUGCUGCGAUGAAUGGACAACUGCCGUUUGCUGUUGUAGGGAGUAUGGAUGAGGUGAAAGUCGGAAAUAAGAUGGUCAAAGCUCGCCAGUACCCUUGGGGUAUUGUACAAGUGGAAAAUGAGAACCACUGUGACUUUGUAAAGCUGCGGGAGAUGCUCAUUUGCACAAACAUGGAGGACCUGCGUGAGCAGACCCACACUCGCCACUACGAGCUUUACAGGCGCUGCAAACUGGAGGAGAUGGGCUUCACAGACAUGGGCUCUGACGACAAGCCUAUCAGUCUUCAAGAAACUUACGAAGCCAAAAGACAUGAAUUCCAUGGUGAACGUCAGAGGAAGGAAGAGGAAAUGAAGCAGAUGUUUGUGCAGCGGGUUAAAGAGAAAGAAGCCAUAUUGAAAGAAGCAGAGAGAGAGCUGCAGGCCAAAUUCGAGCACCUUAAAAGAGUUCACCAAGAAGAGAGAAUGAAACUUGAAGAGAAGAGAAGAUGUUUGGAUGAAGAAAUAGUUGCUUUCUCUAAAAGGAAAGCUACCUCUGAGAUAUUCCAGAGCCAGUCCUUUCUGCCAGCCUGUAGCAACCUGAGGAAAGACAAGGACCGUAAGAGCUCUAAUUUCAUGUAAAACCGAAGUUCCAGAGCACAGAAGGUCAUCACAAGCAAAAGUUAUUAAAAACUCAGAAGUAUGCUUUGA